GAGCGAGAAGGAAGCGGAGCGCUCGCUGGAAGCUGUCACACAGUAGUUGUGGCGAAAGCAGGAGAAACCUUUUCCGCACGCGCGCGCCCAACUGUUGCGCUACACGGACAACUACGGCAGAAAAAACAACAUUAUAAUUAUCUGACAGCAACUUCCACACACUCUAAGGGGAAUUAUUCGCUCGUGUUUCUGCAAUGGCUGAUACACAAAGCAACGAGCAAUCCUCGUCCGACGUUGCAAAUCGAUUUGCCCGUAAAGGUGCUUUGAGGCAGAAAAACGUCCAUGAAGUGAAAAACCAUAAAUUCACCGCGAGGUUUUUCAAGCAGCCGACUUUCUGCAGUCAUUGCACUGACUUCAUUUGGGGGUUUGGAAAGCAAGGAUUUCAGUGCCAAGUGUGCUGUUUUGUUGUCCAUAAACGUUGCCAUGAACUUGUCACAUUCUCAUGCCCUGGAGCAGAUAAAGGGCCAGACACAGAUGAUCCAAGGAGCAAGCACAAGUUUAAGAUCCACACUUAUGGCAGUCCCACAUUCUGUGACCACUGUGGGUCUCUUCUAUAUGGACUCAUACACCAAGGGAUGAAAUGUGACUCCUGUGAUAUGAAUGUCCAUAAGCAGUGUGUGAUGAAUGUGCCAAGCCUUUGUGGAACGGACCACACCGAGAGACGGGGACGCCUUUACAUGAAGAUUGAGGUGAUUGGCGACAAAAUGCAUGUCUCAGUUGGUGAAGGCAAGAACUUGAUUCCGAUGGACCCGAAUGGAUUGUCUGAUCCAUAUGUUAAACUCAAGUUGAUUCCAGACCCUAAAAAUGAGACAAAACAGAAAACAAAAACCAUCCGUUCUUCCCUGAAUCCAACUUGGAACGAAACGUUUACAUUUAAGCUGAAGCCGGCAGAUAAGGACCGCCGACUGUCUGUGGAGGUGUGGGACUGGGACAGAACCACCCGCAAUGACUUCAUGGGCUCAAUGUCUUUUGGUGUGUCUGAGCUCAUGAAGUCCCCAGUAUGUGGCUGGUACAAAAUGUUAAACCAGGAAGAGGGGGAGUACUAUAAUGUGCCCAUUCCAGAUGAAGAUGACCCCAAUACUGAACUCCGACAGAAGUUUGAGGAUGAGACAUUAGAGGACCUUGAGCAGAUAGCCAAAUUGGGUCCUCCCAAAAAAAACAUUACCCCUUUGGAUGACAGUGGGUCCAGUAUACUUUCCAGCAAUGUGGACAAUGUCAAGCUCUCAGAUUUUAAUUUCUUGGCAGUACUGGGAAAAGGCAGCUUUGGAAAGGUCAUGCUGGCAGAGAUGAAGUCUUCUGAUGAACUAUUUGCUAUAAAAAUCCUGAAGAAGGAUGUGGUCAUCCAGGAUGAUGAUGUUGAAUGCACCAUGGUGGAGAAGCGAGUACUGGCUCAGCAGGACAAGCCUCCAUUCCUCACCCAGCUGCAUUCCUGCUUCCAGACUGUGGAUCGCCUGUAUUUUGUGAUGGAGUAUGUUAAUGGUGGUGAUCUUAUGUACCACAUCCAGCAAGUAGGCAAAUUUAAGGAGCCGCAGGCUGUGUUCUAUGCUGCAGAGAUUGCAGUUGGGCUCUUCUUCUUGCACAAGAAAGGAAUUAUAUACAGGGACCUGAAAUUAGAUAAUGUUAUGCUGGAUGCAGAGGGUCACAUUAAGAUUGCUGACUUUGGUAUGUGCAAGGAGAACAUUGUGGAGGGUGUGAGCACUCGUACAUUUUGUGGAACGCCAGACUACAUCGCUCCAGAGAUAAUAGCAUAUCAGCCAUAUGGUCGUUCUGUGGACUGGUGGGCUUAUGGAGUCCUUCUGUAUGAGAUGCUGGCUGGACAACCUCCAUUUGAUGGUGAGGAUGAAGAUGAACUUUUCCAGUCCAUUAUGGAACACAAUGUCUCCUACUCUAAAACCUUGUCCAAAGAAGCAGUUUCUAUCUGCAAAGGGCUGAUGACCAAACACCCUUCAAAACGCCUGGGCUGUGGUCUAGAGGGUGAAAGAGAUAUUAGGGAACAUGCUUUCUUCCGUCGAAUUGACUGGGAUCGCCUGGCAAACAGAGAAGUACAGCCUCCAUUCAAACCCAAAGUGUGUGGAAAGGGGGCAGAAAACUUUGACAAGUUCUUCACUCGCACGCAGCCACAACUAACCCCUCCUGAUGAGCUGGUUAUUGCCAACAUCGACCAGGCUGAUUUCGAUGGAUUUACCUUCGUCAACCCUCAAUUUGUCCAUCCCUCCCUUGUCAACACUGAAUAAAAAAAGGGGAAAGAAAGAGGGAAUGAAUGUGAAUCUACCUACUACCCUAAAACUCUACCCAUACCUUUACCCUUUUGUGUCCAAAAAAAACUUUAAACCAAAACCACAAUUAUCUCAAACCAUGUUUUGUUUUAUUUUUGGUUAAAAUCAUUUUUUGUCCCAUUUUAUGACAUUAUUUCAGUGUAGGCCAGUCGAAGAGUUUACCUCGGUGAUUGAAAAGAGAUUGAGAGAUUCUUUUUUUUAAUCAGACUUACACUUAACCUCUAGUUAGUAAGGGCUGUUUACUUGAUGAACUGGCUGUGUGAUUUUGUGCAGGCUGUUUUUUUUUAAAGACUAUAGGAGGCCAUCUUAUUUCAAACCACUUGUGGCUGACGCAUGAUUUCACCAUAAAUCCCAUAUCAGACACAGAGUUGUGCGCUUCCUAAGACAGUCUUCCCAUUCAGGAUUUCUUAUCGCCAAAGCCGGUGGGGUUUCUGUCUUCCCCUUAGCACUAAACCAAUUGAACUAUUUACAGAAGUAUAACUGGUGUCAGUUUUAGCACACUUUUUUGGAGUCCAGUGUUUCUCAUUGGAUAUGUCGUUAAAUGUUUUGAAAUAAUAAUACUGUUUUAAAAUAAAAUACUGAACAUCUCUCAGUCUAAUAUUUGCACAUAUUUCAGGUAUGACAUGACAACUUGGCACACCAGUUUAACAAUUUGUAGUUUGUUUGUUCUAUUGUAAAAAAAAUAUAUAUAUAAUAAUAAUAAUAAUCUGUGCCAAGAAUUGCCACAAUCCACAAGCAUACAAAGCUAUGGAUGAGUGAUAUGUUAAAGAAAGUUUAUGAAUUUUGAAAUUAGGUUAUUUUCAAAUAGUAUAUGUUGGUGCAUAUAAAAUAGUUUUCUUUUAUCGUAAACAAAGUUACACUUAAAAAAUGACAAUAAUAUAAAGGUAUUACCUCAGUAUCCCUUUAAUUCACAAGUGUUUUAAAAAAUAUUGUCUGGACAACAACCUGGGAACAUGAGAGCUCACUUUGUAUGUGUUUUGCUUUAGUAAUGAGUGGUACUGAAAAAAGCUGAGAGAUGGAAGAGUUUGUAUUUAUACCAAGACAUAAUUAAGCUGUUCUUAACCAAUUCUUAAUCAGCAUAGAGGUGAAAAUAAAAUAGUACAUUUUCAUUUCCGUCGUACCUGCAGAAUAACCAUUACAUCAUUAUGUUUGGAUUAAACAUAACUGAUUGUAAAAAUAUAACAUCACCACGUCACAUUUCAACCUCUUGCUGCUUAAACAUUUUGGUAAUACUUAAUAGAGGCUAAACAGUUUACUACCAACUAAAUGUCCUUUAAAGUUGCAUUACAAAGGUGAUAUGUCUGUGUCAUUGUGGCAAAUUUACAACUGAGGGAUCAGAAUGAAGGUGGAUUUGCAUUAACAUAAAACUGAAGUACAAUUAUUAUCCAGUUUACAUGUUUUUGGUAACCUUUAUAGUCCACUUUUAUGAUCAUUGUUCCUUUUAAAUGUGUAAUUUUUGUGGUAAGCUCAUCAUUACGCAGUCAGCUAACAUAUUCAGGUAGAUAUUUGUGUAAUUCUUGUCAUCAAUUGUGUGUACUGUACGCAUUGCCAUGGAAAUGAUCUUGUAGUUUGCAUAAUGAAAUCAUUUACAAAUGUGCUUUCGCCCAUUCAGUUCUUAUUUUUUGUGUUUUACCUUUGUCAAAACACCUUUGCUAUUGGCUGUUCUGUGUGACCAGAUUGUAUUCCAUGAUUUUGAAGUGUGAGCUGAUUGGCUGCUGUUCUAAUGUGGGCUGACAACCUGCCUGUGCUUGCAUGUUUGGGUACAAAAAAAAGGAUCUGCUUGAAAAGAAUUGUGUGUAUUUAUGAAGAAUGUUUUGUAACGGAAAUUGAGAUUAUAAGAUUAAUACAGCAUGGAAUAUGAACUAGGCAGAUAUAUUUAAAUAUAUGAAAUACUCAGUAGUCUUACACUGAGUUUCAUUUUAAUCUUUAUAUUGCAGUUUGUGAUAGAGUUGAAACGUCCUUCCCAUCUUUUACUGAUCUUAGACUUAACAAGUAAAUGAUUUAGUACAUUUUAAAAUUAGAUCAAAUUCAUACAUUUGGUGAUUUCAGGUUAAAUUUUUAAUAACAUGCUAUCAGAUCUAAUGUAUGUGCCAGUUUAAUGUCUUUAGUCUUUUUUUUUCCACAAAACUUUAGUUACUUUGAGAAUUUGGCACCAUCCUCAUUUAGAUCUUUUUUCAUUUCUGUGAUUGUUGUGAGUUUUAGCAUUUUAAAGAUGCAUUAACUGCAGUAGGAACCCUGUAGUGCUACAGUAAACUAUCUUUGUUGAACUCUUAUGCAAAAUCCCAUCUAUUUUUCUUUCUUUUGUUGGGUGUCUCCUAAAACCUGCUUUACAUCAGUGCCGUGCUGAACCCAGCAGGAACGGUGUUGCACUGUGUAGCCACAAUGACGAUUGCCAGUAUUCAAUCCAGUAUUUUGUGCACUAGUCUCAUGUAGCUGUACUGUUUACUCUGAAUGCUGAUACUGCUCCUGAGACUGCAGUAAAGCAUCUCAUGCUGUGUGUAUUUGCCAAUCAAUCAUGUGCACUACCUUAGCUGUUGUAAAGAACAUUGCAUAGCUAUUCAAAAAAAAAGAAAGAGUUUAAUGUGGCAUGCUUUGAGUUUCCUUUACUGUAAAAUGAUCCACAUGCCUUAUCCACUCCUUUCGCUAUUCCCAUGCUGCUGAAUGAACGAUUGAUUACAUGAACAAAAUAAUGAUUCAACUGAUAAUGUAUUGCUUGUUUCUUUGCUUCAUGUGUUUAGCGUUCAUUGAAUUGAUAGCUCACCCCAAAUAUUUGAUUUUGUGAUCAUGUGGUUUUAAUCUGUUCUUCUGUGAAGCAUGAAAGAAGACAUUUUGAAGAUGCUUGGAAAUGACUGACUUCCAGACACUCCUCAGAAUUUCUUCUUUUUUUGUUCCACUGAUGACAUAAAGUCAUGUACUGUAGGUUAAUAGUUUAUGACAGAAUUUUCAUUUUAUGGAGUCUGCUCCCUCUGUCAUCUAUUAAUAAUUCAUUCUUAAUUGUUUUUGACACCCAAAUUACAAGAAAAGUCAAAUUAUGUUCCCCAAUAAACAGUGAUUUAUUUA